AUGUCAGUGGCUUCAAAUUCUCCAUAUAUAAAGGUCGGGACACUAUAUGUCAAAACGAGAGUUCUUAGAGCUUUGAUUUUUUUCGCCCUUUUAAUAUCAAUCAUAUAUUACUCAUUUAAGGGACAUGAACAGAAAAGUACCUCUGAGGAAAUAUUCAAUACAAAUGACGACGAUCUCGAUUCUAUUAGUGAGAGACCACCAUGGCUCACUACAAUAACCAGCAAACAAUCUCUUAUAAAUGGACUUCAUCUGGACCUCAAUAGGCUAGAUAAUGUGACUCAGGGAGCUAUCUAUAAUGUUAGUGCGAGUGAACCUUGGCGCAGACCAUACGCUCUGGUAGAUAUGGCACCUGAAGUCAGAUCAAAAAACUCAAACCUAACAAACACGGCGAAGACAGCUGUUUCAUCCAAGUCUAAUUCGUGGCUUUCCAUGUUGGCAUCAUUAGGCUCAUCGUUACCAACGUCAUUAUUCGGAGAGUCUCCAGAGUUGAUUUCAGGGACCCCAACCAUCAACUCACGGGUGAAAGUUUACACAUUUUAUAAUCCGUCGCCGGGAGAUAGCGAUAGUCCCAUUGUAGAAGUAUGGAAAAGGGCCAUGUGGGCUGCUGGUUUCGAACCUGUAGUACUUAACAUUGAUGAUUGUAAGAAGCAUGACAAGUUCAAGAUGUUUGAAGAGGCAUCCGCGAAGAACAUAGAUUAUUUCAAGAAGAACAUGAAGUGGUUUGCCUGGGCCGCGAAAGGAGGGGGGAUUUUGAUGGAUUACCGAGUCAUUCCUGUUUCCCGAGGCUCUCUUACUUCCCAAGUAGGGUUAUUAGAGCGUAUAAAGUUUUAUUCUGACGGGUUUUUGAAACGCUACGAGCCGAUGAAAUUGCUUCUAGUGACUGGGGGAUCAUCUAGUGAAAGAAUUGUCCGUGCUGUAUUAGAUUUUGAAAACGAUAAUAAUAUUGUUGAUCUGUUUGAUAAAUAUGAUGACGAGGACGAACGUGAUACUUUCGCAUACUAUUCAGCAGAAAAUGUCAAGACAAUGUCUAAUGGUCGUGAAUUAUCUUCGCUAGAGAUUGCUAAGCUAAUGAAUACUCAUUUACAUCAUGCAUUUUUGAAGCAGUUUCAAACCCAAGGAGUGGUAGUAAUAGAUCCUCUUCAAGCAGGAGCCCACGCACUGACGGUGCCAGGCGAAUUCAUAGCAACUCAAUUGGCUAAAUGCCCAGCCAACGAUGAAUUUUAUAAUGUAUGUCCGCCAAUUAUUCGAUUAGUGACUGAAGCUGAGUUGUUCACAGCCAAAAAGGUACCGUUUUUAGAAAACUCAAAAGGGCUUUGCAACAACCCCUGCUGGAAUGACGAUUCUUCAUCGACAAUCAUCCCAGUAACUAAUAUAGAAUACCUUCCAGAACUUGACAGCAAUCAUUUUGCUAUUAUGGGAUAUCCUCAUCCGUUGAGUGUUUUGUCUGUUUUGGAGAGAAAUGCAUCAGUGUCUGUUCAUGAUUCGCGGUCCAGAAUUCAGAGAAACACGUUAGUCCGUCAGUUGACGUCACAAUAUAUUCCAGGAAAUACUGUGGGAAUGAAUCACAGACUCCUUCUUCUGAAGGAUGCAAUCUACCAGGCUCCAGCUUUAUCCAAUUGUAUCUGGUUUAACUGGGAAGAUGCUCAUCGCAGCACUGUAGAGGAGACACAUGAAUUUCUUCAAAAUUUGAGUUGGGAGGUUGGUUUUGAGAUGGACUUGGUUGAUGACCUGUCUACCAACUCGUUAACAGACAAUAGCGAGGAAGCCAAAGCAUUGAGGGCAAUCCUAGAUGCUUCACAAAAACGUGCUCUAGAUAAAGCAAACAAAGAUCGCAUGGGGAUUGAAGCGUGGAACCUUGCUGAUACAGAAAUUUGGAAGUUUUUGGCUGCUUUUACCCAAGUUCGCCUCAAUAAGAUCCAUUCCCUAUGA